AAAAAUCCUCUAAAAUGGCAAAGCUUUUCAUUCUCCUCGCCCUUGUGGCCAUCGUCGCCAUGCCCUCCACCGAGGCCCUUAGCGCCACCGGAGUGGCCCAGGUCAUCAACGCUGUCCAGCAAGGUGGUGCCCAACUGAUCACCGUCAUGCCCCAGAUCCAGGAAGUCGCCCGUCUUACCAAACCUUUCUUGCAGCAGUUGAGGAACAAAAUCAUCGAAGCCAUUCGUCAAGUCCUUAUCGCCGAGAAGGAAAGCGAAACUUUCAAACAAAUCGCUUCCCAGGUCCAAGCCAUCGUUGAGCAGAUUAACUCUGGUGUCUACCAGAUUAACAACGCUCAAAACCUUAUGGGUUAGAUUGUUGCUGGUUGUUGAUUAUUAAAUUAAUUUCAUAACUCUACCAAAUUUUGUUUUGUUGCUGUUUUCAAAUAAAUUUCCGAGCCAA